GGCCGAGAGCACAGCCAGCGCCAUGUCUGGGGCCCGAGCUUCCAACGACCGGCCCCCGGGCUCCGGAGGCGUCAAGCGGGGGCGGCUGCAGCAGGAGGCGGCGGCCACCGGCUCCCGGGUGACCGUGGUGCUGGGCGCGCAGUGGGGGGACGAGGGCAAAGGCAAGGUGGUGGACCUGCUGGCCACGGACGCCGACAUCGUCAGCCGUUGCCAGGGCGGCAACAAUGCGGGCCACACAGUGGUGGUGGACGGCCAAGAGUAUGACUUCCACCUGCUGCCCAGCGGGAUCAUCCACACCAAAGCCCUCUCCUUCAUCGGCAAUGGCGUGGUGGUGCACCUGCCCGGGCUGUUUGAGGAGGCGGAGAAGAAUGAGAAGAAAGGACUGAAGGACUGGGAGAAGCGGCUCAUCAUCUCCGACCGGGCCCACCUGGUGUUCGACUUCCACCAGGCGGUGGAUGGGCUGCAGGAGGUCCAGCGGCAGGCCCAGGAGGGCAAGAAUAUUGGCACCACCCGGAAGGGCAUUGGCCCUGCCUACUCGUCCAAAGCCUCUCGCACAGGCCUGCGUAUCUGUGACCUGCUGGCUGACUUUGAUGAGUUCUCCACCAGGUUCAGGAACCUGGCUCGCCAGCACCAGUCCAUGUUCCCUACCCUGGAGGUUGACGUGGAGGCUCAGCUCAAGAAACUCAAGGGCUUCGCUGAGAGGAUCCGGCCCAUGGUGCGGGACGGGGUGUACUUCAUGUAUGAGGCACUGCAUGGCCCCCCCAAGAAGAUCCUGGUGGAGGGUGCCAAUGCCGCACUCCUGGACAUCGACUUCGGGACCUACCCCUUCGUGACAUCCUCCAACUGCACGGUGGGCGGCGUGUGCACGGGCCUGGGCAUUCCCCCCCAGAAUGUGGGUGAGGUCUACGGCGUGGUCAAGGCCUACACCACUCGAGUGGGCAUCGGUGCCUUCCCCACAGAGCAAAUCAAUGAGAUCGGGGACCUGCUGCAGAACCGGGGGCAUGAGUGGGGGGUGACUACGGGCCGGAAGCGGCGCUGCGGCUGGCUGGACCUGGUGAUCCUGAGACAUGCCCACAUGGUCAAUGGCUUCACGGCGCUGGCCUUGACCAAGCUGGACAUUCUGGAUGCCCUGGACGAGGUCAAGGUGGGUGUCUCCUACAAGCUCAACGGAAAGAGGAUCCCUCACUUCCCAGCAAACCAGGAGAUCCUGCAAAAGGUGGAGGUGGAAUAUGAGACGCUGCCCGGCUGGAAGGCCGACACCACGGGCGCACGGAAGUGGGAGGACCUGCCUGUCCAGGCCCAGAGCUACAUCCGCUUUGUGGAGAACCACGUGGGCGUGGCGGUCAAGUGGGUCGGUGUCGGCAAGUCCCGGGAGUCCAUCAUCCAGCUGUUCUAGCCUGGACAGUGGUCCAGCUCUGCCUGAGGACCAGCACCUCUGACUGCUGAGCCAGAUGGAGAGAACCCAGAAAAACUCGGUGCUGGGAUCCAGACCCUGGUGUGAGCAGGUCCACAAUAAACAUACCGUGGCCUCCAGA